GCAGGUCUCUGGUGUGGGAAGGUGACUGGAGGACGGAUGUUUUCAUGGCCUCGUUGAAAGAGAUGUGCAAAGGCAACUCUGUGAAGCUUGUCCUGACCGUCGAUGGACAGCUGCUCCAAGGUGUCUCCAGCAGUACGCCCGCCCACCCCUCCCUUGUUCCAGAGACCACCCAGUUACCAAUGCUCCCAGCAGAUGAUCUGUGCCUUGGCCAGGACCUGGAGAAUCCUGCUAAGGUAUAUGUAUCCUGGAGCCUUGCUCUCCUUCUUUCACUCUCUCCUUAGUACCUUCUCCCUCACUUGUAGCUGCACAGGUGAUGUCUAGCAGAAACAUUUGCUGCUGCUCUCUCAGUGGAGACCUGACUAAGUAAGUUUUGGAGCCAAAGAUUCACUUGUGCUAAAGAAAGCAUUAUUCUCCAUUUAAAUGCCUUUGGAAGCAUUGAAUUUAACAGCCCUUGGUGGGAUGAUUGAUCUGCCUGGUUACUCAAGCAUGGAUGGCCUUUCUGUCUUUCGCAUUGCCUUGUGCCCACUGUGCCCAUCACAGCCAGCAGUGUGAAAGGAGACCACUGGAUAUAGCGUCAAGUAGUUGCAUUGUUCAGCCAUAUAUUUGGCAGCUGAUGCUGUUGGCAUGCUGGCCCUUGUGACUUAAUGAUGAGAUGAGCCUGAAAACAGUCACCAUGUGAAACUAAUCUCUGGCCCCAUAACAGACAGAUCACGGUAGCCUCAAGUCUCUUUUUUCAGGGCUGAUUUGACUGGCACUGUUGUCACAGGUUAACAGUCGGAGCUCAGAGGUGAACACUAGAGCAGCCAGGCCUGGGAGGAAUGACAUCUGCCCAUCACUGAGGACCCUGGCAGUACCCUGUGCCCUGAAACCAGCGUCUGGCAAGGGGGAACCCAGUGAGGUCCAUAGGAAGAGUCCUGUCCGCCCCAAGAAGCCCAGGAAAGUUUUAUUUGAACCCACUGCAUCUGAGAGAGAUCUUGAUGAAGAAGAUCUGGCGGUGGAGGAAUUGCAAGGCAGUCCCAGCCCACGGUGGUGCCAUGCCAUGUGCCUCAGUGACGUGGGGACAGCUGUUCUGAUCGGUGGAGAAGGUGCCAAUCAGCAGUCCUGCAAGGAUGCCCUCUGGAAGCUGGAAAUUGACAGUGACAUAUGGCUUCCAGUGGGUUCCCAGCUACAAAGCACCAUACCAUUGUGCAUGCAUGGUCACACAGCGACCUACGACCCAGACACCAAGCGUAUCUAUAUCUUUGGGGGCAUAAGAGAGGACAAAGACCACAGCAGCAUCUACAUUCUGGACACAGUCACCUGGAAAUGGCUCCUUGUGGCUGCUAAAGGGAGGAUCCCAGUGCUCACCUACCACAGUGCAACUAUCUACCACAAGGAACUCUUUGUUUUCGGAGGAACUUUCCCCAAAAAGUCAUCACUGGCAGCUGGACCCUGCAGCAAUGUGCUCUAUGUCUUCAAUCCAGAACAUGAAAUUUGGUAUCAGCCCAUCUCAGAAGGGGAUAAGCCUUUACCUAGGCUUGGGCAUUCAGCCACUCUACUGAAGAACAAGCUGCUGAUUUUUGGGGGUCGGAGAACUUCUUUCUACCUUAGUGACAUGCACAUCCUCGAUCUGGGUUUCAUGGAGUACACAUCAGUUCCUCUCCUCGCAGGACAGCCUUCUGCACGUUGGAAAAUGGGACUCAUGCAUGCCUCUAAACAAACCCACAAUCAUGCAUCUCCUUCCUUCCAUAGAUACCAUGGCAUGGAUCUCUCUGUGUCUCCACCCUUCAAAAAUGUCUAGAAAUUAUAACAGAGACUGACAGCAAGGCACAAAAAGACAAGGAUUUGCUCACUGACAUACAAUCUGUCAGCAGAAAACCAGAGAGACUCUGAGGUUCUCUGUGUUCCAGUCCUCUCUGUAAACUUGAUGCUUCUAUUAUAGUUUAGAUUGGUUCGAAUAACUUUAAAUGAGAUAUGCAUUUAAUUAAACUACUCUCGGCAGAGUUUACUGGAGAAAUGGCUUAUAAAUUGGGAGAGGCAUGAUGGCAGUAUUGGCAACACAUUUUUACUGACUUACUUAAAUUCUCUCCUUAGGGAAUCAGGGCAUUAGAAACCUCAGUUACGCUUUUUUUCAAAUGUCUAGACUGCUGGGUUACAGGGAAAGAAACAGAAAUUGUGGCUUCAAAAAAGAAAUGUACAGCAUUCAUGGCAUACUAUUUUUACUUGUUUUUCCUGGGAACCUUGCUGAUGAUUUUUUUGCUCAGAAAUUUAUGUCCUUCACCACAUUUGCUCUGGACUCUGGCCUCUCAGCUGGCAGAGACGUUUCUCCUGAUCCUCUCUACAGUUCUUUGCUGUUUUUGCAGUCUGCGUUAUCAUUUGUAAUAAAUUGUGCUAAACUAAUUGCUUCGCUCUAUAAUUUCAAGGUCCCAGGCGAUUUCACCAAAAAGAACAUGGAAAACAACCCAUCCUUCAGCUGGGAACUAUGCCUCCAGAGGCUGCUGGGGUGAUCUCUUACGCUGUGUUGCUCUCAGUGGCAAGGCAGAUUGCAGUCAAAACAAUUGGCUAAGCAAAGACCUGAGACAGCAGGAGUGCUCUGUCCUCAACAGACAGGCACCAGAGUGACAUUACACCUAGUCUUCCUCAGAGGAAGAUCUGAGCACAGGCCAGGGGAAUAGCAGAGAAGAACUAACCCCAUUUACAAUCCUGCGGGGUACAACCUCCAUGAGCUGCAGGUCAGGUUGGUUGGAGCUGAGACCAUACCAGGGGGAUACCUGCUUCAGAUCUACUGAGCUUUCUGGUUUAGUUGUGUUUCCAUUUACAACAUUGGUGAUGCAGUGAGGAAAAUCUGGGCUUAAAGCCCAAUCUAGAGUAAAAAUCUGGGAAAUGUGUUUCACCGUUUAGGAAGGUGGAAUCAUAGAAUCACCAGGUUGGAAGAGAUCUCUUGGAUCAUUGAGUCCAACCAUUCCUAUCUGCCACUAAACCAUGCCCCUGAGCAACUCAUCUACCCAUCUUUUAAAUACCUCCAGGGAUGGUGACUCAACCACCACCCUGGGCAGCCUCUGCCAGUGCCCAAUGACCCUUUCUGUGAAAAAUUUUUUCCUGAUGUCCAGCCUAAACCUCCCUUGGUGCAGCUUGAGGCCAUUCCCCCUUGUUGUGUCCCCUGUCACUUGGAAGAAGAGGCCAGCUCCCUCCUCUCCACAACCUCCUUUUAGGUAGUUGUAGAGAGUAAUAAGGUCUCCCCUCAGCCUCCUCUUCUCCAGGCUAAACAACCCCAGCUCUCUCAGCCGCUCCUCAUAAGACUUGUUCUCCAGCCCCUUCACCAGCUUCGUUGCUCUUCUCUGGACACACUCCAGAGCCUCAACAUCCUUCUUCUGGUGAGGGGUCCAGAACUGAACACAGUAUUCGAGGUGCAGUCUCACCAGUGCCGAGUACAGAGGAAGAAUAACCUCCCUGGACCUGCUGGUGACCCCAUUUCUGAUACAAGCCAAGAUUCCAUUGGCCUUCUUGGCCACUUGGGCACACUGCUGGCUCAUGUUCAGUCGGCUGUCAACCAGCACCCCCAGGUCCUUCUCUUCCGUGCAGCUCUCCAGCCAUUCUUCCCCCAGUCUGUAGUACUGCAUAGGGUUGUUGUGCCCCAAGUGCAGGACCCGGCAUUUGGCCUUGUUAAACCUCAUCCCAUUGGUCUCGGCCCAUCAGUCCAGCCUGUUCAGAUCCCUUUGCAGAGCCUCCCUACCCUCCAGCAGAUCCACACUUCCUCCCAGCUUAGUGUCAGCUGCAAACUUGCUGAGGGUGCACUCAAUGCCUUCAUCCAGGUCAUUGAUAAAGACAUUAAACAAGGCUGGACCCAGUACCGAGCCCUGAGGAACUCCACUUGUGACUGGCCUCCAGCUGGAGUUAACUCCAUUGACCACCACUCUCUGGGCCGGCCAUCCAACCAGUUUUCAACCCAGGAGAGUGUGCGCCUGUCCAGAGCCUCAACAUCCUUCUUGUAGUGAGGGGCCCAGAACUGAACACAGUACUCAAGGUGUGGUCUCACCAGUGCAGAGUACAGAGGGAGAAUAACCUCCCUGGACCUGCUGGUCACGCCGUUUCUGAUACAAGCCAAGAUGCCAUUGGCCUUCUCAGCCCCCUCCGCACACUGAUCGCUCACGUUCAGCCGACUGUCAAUCAAGAGACGCCCCAAGCUUUGUGUGUGAAGCCCUGGGGUUUCCAAGCCCGGCUGCUCCAGGCUGCUCUCCUGCGGAUACCGCCUCCUCCCAGACCACAAUGUGGGAUGCACAGGGAAAGGUAAAACUCUUUUGACCCCUUUCCUGAGAGCCCCCGGUCCGGGCAGCCCGGGGGCUGGGGCCGAGCAGCCUCCUCCGCGGGGCCCGGGAGGGAAACCCGCUCCUAGGAGCCUCGCAGGGGGAAACCCGGUGCCUGGAAGGCGCCGCUGUUUUCUGCGGGCUGGGACCAAGCGGUACGAGCAGACGGAACGCUCUCACUGCUCAGCGCGCCGUCAGCAGCUCGCACGGAGCUGGACCGAGCACCGCCCCGCC